GGACGAGAGAGCAAAGGGGAUACAGUUCGGCCACAUUUAGUUACGUGGUUAUCGAAGAGGCUGUAUCAAGUCCCGAGAACCGAAGCUUACACCUUAUCCGCUCUAUAAAGAGCAACAGAGCACGGAGUAAUGGGGAUUGGGGGCAAACGAUGCUUGCAGGGACAAGUAUGUACAAGCACGGGGCAUUCUUGCAUUACUCGUAUUACAGACGGCGGCUCACUCGGCUCCAACCCGAAUGUUUGCUCCACAGCGUGAAGCAACUCGAGAGAUUCGUCACCUUUCGGCGCCCUCCUCAGCGGAUACAGCCACGCCAUUGGCGCCCACGCGCAGUGCGGCAUCUGCUUGUCCUGCUUGCAAGGACCAACCACCUCAUGCACGAGCAGACACAAGCUCUAGGGCUUGGCAUUCGACUGUUUAGACGGCAACGUGCAGGGUCGUCCUCUUCGCCUGCGUCAUUCCGUGAGCAACAGCCCUGCCAGCUCUCCUUGUCCAUCUCUUGAUGCUACUACG